AUGAACUCAAAUCAGAUCAAUCCUCAAACUACUUAUGGGGAACACGACCGCGCCAGCCAAAUAUCGCAACUGCCCCGUCAUGACCACUCUAUCCCUGCCUCUGUAGCCACUUCAGUUGCUAGCUCGAGCGAGCCUGGGUCGUCUAAAAAUACGGGAAUAGGCCAGUCCCUCCUAGGCGUUAGGAAGAGACGUACCGAGGAAUCAAGUCUCCCACAGAUCCGACACCGAUACACCCGUGGUUUCCAACUGCCAGCGACAGGAGAGAUACACACAGGGAGACUUCCACACUCUACGACCAUCAGUUGCAAGCUGGUCAAUGAUACCAUAAACUAUCUGAAAACGGUUUCUGUUCACAUCGCCUCUGCGACCAUUACCUCCGAGGAGCGGGCCAGGAUCCAUCUGGCUACACAAUCACUCCAAAGUACGCACGAGGAUAUCGCCAACACAGAAGAAAUGGACACAGAGGCUGUUACAUACUUCCAUCGGUCACAACCCAACGGCAAGUGCAAAAAGUGCGAAGCUGCUAAGGAGGAGCAUUUAUAUGAUUGA